AAAGCCAAACCCUGAAGCCGCUAGACUGAUUUUGACACUCGCUCGGCGAUUUACAACUCACAGUCAUAGCAUUAUCGGCGCCAAAGACCUAUACCCUCGCCAAUCACCGGAGCAACUCCGAUAUAACGUCGGAAAUGGACCUGGACGAUCUAGGUGAGCUCGACGGUCCUAGCCAAGUUAAUACCCGAACUACCAAAUUCGCGCCCAAAUCCUCCAAAUUCGCACCCAGGCUAAAACCAAACUUCAAGCCGAAACCCGAACCGUCAUCCAAACAAGAGCCCCUCAACUCCGGACCGAAACCGGAACCACCACCACCACCACCACCACCGGAAUCAAUUUCAAGGAAGAAAGAAAACGAAGAAGAGGAUAUAAAGCCGCCGGUGAUUGCUGAGACGAAAACCGAACAAUCGUUCUCGAAUGGCGCGGUGAAGAUGGAGAUUGAAGAGGAAGCAAAAGAGGAUGUGAUUAUGAAUGAAGGAAACAGAGAAGAAGAAGAUAUGGUUGUUCGCGAAAUCGAUGUAUUCUUCACUCCCUCAAUCGACGCCAACACUCAGCUAUAUGUUCUGCAAUAUCCUUUAAGGCCUUGCUGGCGACCAUACGAAUUAGAUGAACGUUGCGAGGAGGUAAGAGUGAAACCUGCGAGUGGGGAAGUGGAAAUGGACUUGGCGGUCGAUGUUGAUUCCAACAAUUAUGACAGUGAACGUGCUAGCAGAUUGAAGAUGACAAAGCAGACUUUAUCUUCUUCAUGGCUGCCACCUCGCACAACUGGCUAUGCUGUUGGAGUUUUAAUGGGCGAUAAGUUGCACCUGAAUCCUAUUCAUGCAGUUGUUCAGCUCCGACCAUCGAUGUGUCAUCUCAAGCCCAGUGUCUCAAAAAGAAAGAACGCAGCUGCAGCUGAUGCAGAAGUUACUGUUAAAGUAGAAGAACCUAAUGAUGGGAAAGCAGCUGGUUCAUCAACCAAGCAGAACAAGAGAAUGCAGUCCUCAACUGAGCAAAAAGCAGAUGAUAAAGAGUGUUGGGUUCCGCUCAAGUAUCAUAGCUCCAAGAAUGAUUUCUCUGCUCAGUAUCUGCAGAGAAUGAUGGCAGAAGAAAGCUGUCCAAUUCAGUUUACCAUGAGCCCGUACGAUUAUGUUGACUCUUUGUGUCCUGGAGCAAGCAACAACAAUAAAGCCCAAGGUCCAUCUAGAAGGUUGUUGCUUUCAAUUCCGCUGGAAGAACGUUUGAAGAAAUUACUGUCUGAGGGACCUCCAUUUCACCGAUUCAGUGCUCUUAAGCACUUUGCUCCGGAUGCCUCAAUUGAAGAUAUAUUUGAAGUCCUUCAGAAGCAUGCUCUAUUAGUGCAAGGACUCUGGGUUCCCAAGAGUUCAUUAUUAUUUCCGGAGGAUCCCUAUAAAUCUUUAGCCAGAGACUAUGUGCUUCUUUUAUUUAGCAAGAAUCCAAUAAUAAGCUUAGCACAAGUACAUGCCCUUUCCCCAAGUCGCAAAGAAGAGGUGAAAGGCUUCCUGAAAAUUUUAGCCAUAGAAAGGCCAUCCUUCAAAGAUUGGAAGUUGAAAGAGAAUGCUGAUGAAGGAUUCAAAAAACUCUAUCCAGAUAUUGUGAAGAAUCAGGAACAGAUUUGGAGAGCUGGUGAAGAUAAUGUAAUUAAUCAUAUUUGUCGAGGUGCAAAAGGUGGCCCUAGUAGAACAAAGCCUGGCACAGUUAUUAAGCCUGAAAAAGCAAUGAAUUCUGAUAAAGGUGUGCGAAGGGUUGCACCUGCAGUGCAAGCUGGGAGGACAAUGUCCGAUGAAACUCGAGAAGCUAUACCAAAGGCCCUGAAAAAGGUUUUUCAAACUCACAAAGUUUGCAGCUUGCAACUGAUUCGCAAAGGUCUAAGGGAUUUGGCUCUUUCCCAGUCUACCCUUCCCAAGGCAGAUGCUAGAAUGGUAGUUAAGGCAGCAUAUGGUGCUGAUGCACCUGAACAUGAGCUCCAGGAAGUCGUAAGUGAAGUUGCAGUAGAGCUUCAUGGUGGUCUUUUUGUUCUGAGGUCAUCCCCAGAGCAUCCAGAAUAUGAUCCAUUGAGGUUACAUAAAUAUGUUCAAUUAGUAUUUAAAUGGGAAGAGAUGUUUAUGGUCUCUAUGUUCUUUUUACAAAAUCCCUCUUUUUCAUCAGAAUUGUUCUUUCCAUGCAGGGAAGUUGUGAUUAAUCUUCUUCGUGUCAAAGGGAAGCUUAAGAAGGCUGAUGUCUCAGCUGCUGCCCUUCUUAGUCUAAAGAGGGAAAUUUCUAAUAAUGAGUAUAACAAGGUCAUGAGCGAUUUUUGUGAGUAUAAAAGCAGUUGGUGGGUCUUGAAAAGUGGUGAUGGAAAGCCAAGCUAAUUUGUAUAUACUACCAUUCAUCGAAUUGCUGACGAGAUCAGGUAUAGUUGCAAAGAGGAGCUAGUUGACCAGAUUAUGUACAAAUUUUUUGUUUUGCAUUUUAUACGAGAAAUUUUGUGAUUGCAUCUUAUGAUGGUGGAAAAUUCAUCUACCUCUCUCAAGCGUAUUGUUCUUUUAAGUGUUUUGAAUAUGCACCCUCAUUUUUUGUUAAAUUCACAUAUCACAUCAAAUUUUCAUUUCAGAAAUUGCAAAUGCAGUAAAGAGUUUAUAUUUGA